AUGCUCCGUCUCCAUGGACUCUGUGCUGCGGGGAUGUUAUCAGGGAAAGAUGGAGCACCGCGUGGUUCCCCUGUACGAGGCUUUGCUCCCCCCCCCCCCCGCCGCUUAGCUGCUGUUACCUCGGUGCCCUCUCAACCAGUAGGAAGUUCUACUGCGUCGGAGAGCCAGCCUGGUCCCCACACUGUUAUCGGGAUUACUGUCAGCGUUCGUCGGGUUGCAGAAAAAAGGAAUGAUGUGCAGCCGAUGAGUGGGCCAGCGCCUGAGGGUAGUUCAGGACCUAUUGGUCGGCGUGUGAUGCAGCGCUGCGGCCUUAUGCGCCAGCUGUCUUUUGUGCCGUCUCAUUCAGGGGAUGUGUUAGUGAUACCCGAUGAUGACGUUUAA